GAACCGGCUCAUCUCUGUAGUUGCGAGAGAGCGCCUGACUGGUGACCAUAGCGUACUGGGAAUUGAAACCAUGUCGAGGGAACGUUACCAGUGAUCAUGUGCCUUAUUGGCACCGAGUCGGUGCCGUUUGAACGGUGAAGGUUUGUGGAGGGGAAAGAGAGAGGAAGAAGAGGAGGAGGAGGAGGAGGAGGGGUAGACAGCCUGGCAGACAGGUGCGACUCCACUGCCUGUUUCAGAUCCUCUCGCUCCUUUUUCCAGACAUGGAUACCCGCAAGGAAAACAAGGUAAGGAAAGCCAUGAAACCCAAAACGGCGAAGCGGAAAGGGAAGAAACACAAAACGGGGAGGUUCAUCAGGAGGAAAUCGCUGCGAUCUUUUGGGAAUUUCAUGGGAAGGAUCCUGAAAACUUUGGGCACUUUGGCUCACUUUGGCGACGCGGAGCCGCCGGACCCGGAGGACGACGACGGCGGCUUCGGGCGCAGCGCGUCGGACUGCCCGCAGGUGUACCGGGGGAAGGGCGCCGCGGUGAAGAAGAGCUCCACGGUGUCCUCCUCCCACGGCUCGGUGAAGGACAGGCUGUCGUGGUGCUACGGCGACAAGACCCCCGGGGUGCUGGGGCUCAAGAACCACGGGAACACCUGCUUCAUGAACGCCGUGGUCCAGUGCCUCAGCAACACGGACCUGCUGGCGGAGUACCUCGGGCUGGAGCAGUACAAGUCGGAUAUAGUGAGCCAGCAGCACGGCAGCAGGAGGCUGAACGGGGGGGGGGAGGCUGUGAGGGGCGACGAGCGGCAGGCGAACCGGGGAGAGGUGACCGAGCAGCUGGCGUCGCUGGUUCGAGCGCUGUGGACGCUGGAGUACAUCCCGCAGCUGUCUGUGGAGUUCAAGAGCAUCGUGGCCAAGUACGGCUCUCAGUUUCGGGGAAACUCUCAGCACGAUGCCCUCGAGUUCCUCCUCUGGCUUUUGGACAGAGUUCAUGAAGAUGCUAAUUCCAGCCUCAACAACAACGUUAGCAGCAGCAGCAGCAAGACCAAAGCCAACGCCAAGGGGCCCAGUUCAGUGGAGGAGCCUUCCAGUCCCAGUUCAGCCCACACACAGCAGCCUCGAAGCCGCCACAGUUUUGUUCAGGAGCACUUUCAAGCUCAGUACAGGUCCUCUCUGACGUGCCCACAUUGCCUUAAGCAGAGCAACACCUUCGACCCGUUUUCCUGCAUCUCUCUGCCCAUCCCCCUACGACAAACGAGACCGAUGUAUGUGACGCUGGUUUUCAGUACAAAGGGUCAGAGGUACCUGCGGGUGGGACUGGCUGUCCCUCUCUUUGGCUCCGUGUCCAGCCUCAGAUCCAUGGUGGCAGAGGAGGGCAACAUCUCCCCAGACCAGGUCAUCCUCUCCGAGCUCUUCUCCACGGGUUUCCAGCGCUCCUUCUCAGACGACGAUGACCUGACAGCCAUCGCUGACAGUGAUGUCGUCUACGCCUUUCAGGCUCCGCCCCUCCACAGUCGUGGAGGCUCCUCACAGCACUCAGGGUAUCACCACAGCCUCCCCUCCUCCCCCUACACCUCCACGGCCGGACCCGACGGUCAGAGGCUGCUCUCGUCUGGCACGCUCUCCUCUGAAUACCUGAACCAGGGCGGCUCCUCCAAGGUCCUCUUCCUCAUCUGCAACACAGCUGGAUCUGGCCAGCAGGCUGUCAGGUUUGGACCUCCGUUUCUCAUGCGGGAGGACAGGAGUAUCUCCUGGGACCAGCUGCAGCAGAGCAUCCUCAGCAAGCUCUAUUAUCUGAUGCUGAAUGGAUCUCAGGCUCAGAACGCCGGGGUGCUGUUCAGGAUCAGAGUGGUGGGGGGAUCAGCAGCGUACAGCUACCUCUCUCCCCAGGACAGCCGGCCACUGUACCAUCCAGCGGUCGACAGAGCGCUGAAGUUCUGCGGCCCUGGAGGACCCCCGCAUGUGAAGCUCGUCCUCGAAUGGGAGCCCAAGACUAAAGAAUGUCUGUUCGGCAGCAUCCAGGAGGAGGUGGUGAAGGAUGCAGAGAGUGUGAGGAACCAGCAGCAGCAGCACCUGCAGCAGCACAACUGUACCCUGGAUGAAUGCUUCCAGCUGUAUACCAAAGAAGAACAGCUCGCCCCAGAUGAUGCCUGGAAGUGUCCGCACUGUAAGCAGCUGCAGCAGGGCAUGGUGAAGAUGAGCCUGUGGACGCUGCCCGACAUCCUCAUCCUCCACCUCAAGCGCUUCCGGCAGGUCGGUGAGCGGAGGAACAAGCUGUCCACCCUGGUGCGUUUCCCCCUCACUGGUUUGGACAUGGCGCCCAACGUGGUGAAGAGGAGUCAGAGUCUGAGGAAUGUGAACUCGGGAGCCUGGCCGCCUUCCUGGAAGCAACACCAACAGCCAGCAGACAUGACCCUCCCCCACGACUACCUGUAUGACCUGUACGCUGUGUGCAACCAUCACGGAGGGAUGCAUGGAGGGCAUUACACUGCUUACUGUCGGAACUCGGUGGACGGAGUGUGGUACAGCUACGACGACAGCAGCGUGGACUUGGUGCCCGAGGAGGAAGUCUGCACCAGAGGAGCCUACAUCCUCUUCUACCAGAGGCGGAACACCAUUCCUCCGUGGUCAGCCAGCUGCUCCGUCAGAGGAUCCACAAGUUCUUCAAUGUCAGACCACUGGCUAAUCCGGCUCACAGGGGACAGCAAAAGAGGCAGUCUGGUCUCUCGUUCCUCGACCACAUGCCCAUCUUCCUUGCCUGACUCGCCUGAGUCUCCGGUCUUCCUUGAUGAUGGUGCAAAAGAGGAAAAAGGGGGUUUUGAGACCCGGCCAUUUGUCAGAGGUCUUCAGGGACGCAGCGUCAGUAUGAGAGCCCCCAGCAAAACCAAGGACACCCUGAGCAAAAUGCUUCCCCUGCGCUGGUCCUUCGGUUCAAAAGACAAACGGAAACCCAACCCAGUGCCUCUAACUGUCCAAGAUCCUGCGCCCGUGGAGCUGGUACAGUACUUGGAAUCUGGCCGACGGCCAAAGUGCACAAAGGAUCCAAUCACCACUUUGAUGGGUGAAUCACGCAGCAUGAAGGAAGCUGCUGAGAGCCGGAGCGCAACCAAUGCACGAUCUCCCAGUAUUGGGGGCAUGAGUUGUGUGGGUAAGGCGGAAGAUGAGCUGGCCCCCGAGUCCCCUCAGGUCCGAGGGCAAAGGAGAUCGUCGGGUAAGACGGGCAGUUUGAGACGCGCCAAAGGUAGCCAAUCGAGAGAUGACGGUGCCGCCAGUAUUAGCAGUAGCUUUAGCAGUAACACCCUCACCAGGAGAAAGGAUGCCUGGAAACAGAGUUCCUCCAAAGCCUCCCAGGACCCCGAGACCAAAAAGAGUUCUAGUGCUGGUGUUAAGCCCAGCUUCAGCACCCCAAUCCUAAAUGAUGGGACCCUCAGAAGGCAAAAAGGUGACAAGGCUGACAGGGAACACCACGAUGCAUAUGAAGGGAACUCUAAGACCAAGAAAGGAGAAGGGCCCAAGAGUUUACCCCAUGAGGGACUGCUGUCAUUCCUCAAAGGGAACUUCAUGAAGAAGGAUAGGGACUCGAGGAAGUCCAAGGAGGAAGAUUCACGAGUCGAAGAAGCAGGCCGGAGCAGAACCCUCCCUAGACCGCCUCUCUCCAACGGAGCAGCGGGGCGAGUAACCGGGGUCGACGGAGGCAAGUCCAAUGGAGCCGGCCGUUUGGCCGACGAUCUGGCAAAUGGGAAAUUGCACGCACGGACCUCGGCCGACAUCAAGCGCUCGCAGAGCUCCUCCAACAUCCCCAACAAAGCGGAGCAGAGCGUGCGCAGGACGGCGUCUUUGCACCGCAACGGGAUGUCGACAAACCCGGCGCCGUCGCACAGCCUCACAAUGGACAAACCGUCUUAUGGUACCCUACAGAGGACUCGAUAUAGCACAACCUCGCUGGGACGCAAAAAGAAAGUCCCUGAGUCAAGCUUCUGACGCAAACUGAUCAAUUAAAUAUAUCCACACACACACACACACACACACACACACACACACACACACACACACACACAAAGCCUUUUAUCUGUCGUAAAGUGACUGACGUCCAAUCACAGAGAUCAAAGCAAUAGAGCGCCACUCACAAGUAGUAUGCCUUUCGAUAAUAUGAACCUUUUGCAUCAAGGAGAAAAUGAAGAGUCCUUUACUGCUGGAAUAUAGAGACCAGGAUGAUAUGUGACAUUCAUCAGAGUUAAAAAAGAUACAUUUUUAUUCUGUUUUUGUUUUUAAUGACAAGUGCCUGAGCAACGAAUAUGCAGUCUAGACCAAUGAGUUUGUUUGUCGAGCCAGCGAAAGUGAGUAAUUCCAAACCCCGUACAUGCACGUAUUUACAAGGUGUCUUAUUACUGUAGCGUGAGUGAUAGAUUUAUAACAGUUGUUUGCUUACAAUCAAGACCCAGUGAUUGUGUUUCAUUUAUAAGAAUGUAAGGUGUUGAUGUGAUUAACGGUGGGGCUUUGAAGGCUGUGGUUUUUGGGGGUGACCAUCCAUUUUUUGUCCAUCUUGAAUCAUUUGCUUUAUGUUCAUUGAGAGUACAGGGUGGUUUUUCAUAAAGCUAUGAUUUGUACCCACCUGACCCUGACUGCAGUUGUUGUUUAUUGGGGUUUUAAAGGUAUAAUGGAAGUUCGACUAACAUGAUGGGAAUGUGAGGUUAUCUGCAGAAUCUUCUUCCUGUCUCUAAAACCUUGAUUGGCAAAAACAGUGAAUCCCUACUGGGAACAGUGAGCUGACAGUGGCAGGGGCUAGACUUGUGGGGCUGGGGUGACCCAAUGGGGGUACUGUCAGUGGUGAUUCUAGACUCCAUAAGGACCCCAGGCUAAAAUACAUGGGGGACCCCUCCAACCAGCGGUGGUUGCAGAUGCUUACUCAUCUUCCUCUUUUUUGUUUUCACUCGCUGAUAGAAAAUUCCUCUUAAUUUCCCUUUGGUGACUUUCAUUGACAAACUUUGGUUUCCACAGAAAGAAUGCAUGGGACACGGUCAGAUGGGGCCCUCUUUGGGAGGUUUUCUACUGUCAUUGCAAAAUUUGCAACUGCUUUGGUUUAAAGUUGGUCGGCAAUCCUCCACAAAACAAGAGGUGCACAUUUAUUUUCCUAACCCUAAAUUUAAAAAAUGGAAAUACAAAAUACUUGAAUAUAUUUCCUUCUUAUGAAUGCAUUCGCUGUGUGUGAUUGAGAAGUAUAAUUUCACAGGGACAGUUUGUUUCCAUUUAAAAGCAGGCAGAUUACCCUUUCACCGCCCGAUGGCGAGUCAUGACAGCAGUUUGCAUUAAGCAGCUCGAUGCUGCAUCCUCCACAUACACUGAAACGUUAUGGAUUUCUUCACUUUGUUAUCUGGGCGGGAAAGCAUGGAAAAUUAACGUCACAAUGUAAAACAAUUAACUUCCUGUUUGGGAACAAAGAGAUGAGUAAUUGUCCUUUUAGUUGUGACUCAGUAAAUGUAUGCUUAAAAAAAAGGAAGUAUGUUUUGUGUUCAGUUUUGGAUUCUUUGAGAUUCACUAAUUUAACUGGCUUCAUAAAUCUUACUUCCUCGUCAGCUUAAAGUUAGAAGUUAUGAAUGAAGGAUUGCUUUGCACUUUGUCACAGCUCGGAGUACAACUGUAAAUGUUCUUGUGGUGUCCUCAUGAAGUUAAUUUAUACUCAUGCAAA